AGCAGCAAGAAAAAAACGCAAUAAGCUACCAGAUUUCGAGGCCGCCUCCGCAGGCCGUCAGUGCGCGGCUCGGGGCCGAGCGGGGUGCGCGGUGGAAGCGGGCAGGCGCGGGGCAGCCCGGCGAGGCAGGCCCCGGGGCGGCGCGUGGGGGAGCGGCGGCCAUGGCGCGGGGUCGGGUGCCGGUGGUGGACGUGCAGAGCGACAACUUCACGGAGCUGUGGCCCUCCAUGGUGCUGGCGCUGCGCACCGCCACCUUCAUCGCCGUGGACACGGAGCUGAGCGGUCUGGGGGCCAGGAAGGCGCUGCUGAGCCCGUGCAUCGACGAGCGCUACAAAGCCGUCUGCAACGCCGCCCGGACGCGCUCAGUCCUGUCUCUCGGCAUCGCUUGCUUCAAACAACUCCCGGAGAAGUCCGAGAACACGUUCCUCUGCCAGAUCUACAACCUGACGCUGCUCUGCACGGAGGAUUACGUCGUCGAGCCACAGUCGGUGCAGUUCCUGGUGCAGCACGGCUUUGACUUCAAUAAGCAGUACUCCCAGGGGAUCCCCUACCACAAGGGCAACGACAAGGGCAAUGAGAGCCAGAUCCAGAGCGUUCGGACUUUUUUCCUGGAACUCAUACGAGCAAAGAAGCCUCUCAUCCUCCAUAACGGCCUGAUUGAUCUCGUCUUCUUGUACCAGUGCUUCUAUGCUCAUCUCCCAGACAGUCUUGGCACCUUCACCUCUGAUCUCUCUGAAAUGUUCCCAGCAGGAAUAUAUGACACUAAAUAUGCUUCAGAGUUUGAGACCCGCUUUGUUGCAUCCUACUUGGAAUAUGCUUACAAGAAGUGCAAGCGAGAGAACGGCAAGCUGAAGGACUCCAGCAGCCAGCACAUCUCUGUGGAGUUCUGCAACUACCCUGCCAACAUGUCGCGCUACAUCGACUAUCGUCACUGCUCUCUGGAAGAAGCAAGCCACAGCGAGGGAGAGGCAAAUAAGGUGCCUGUAUGUGAGAAAUUCUCGGCCUAUGGCUGGUGUCCAAAUGGAGUGAAGUGUCCACAAUCUCAUAACAUUGACCUCAUAAUUGAUGAGGAUGAUAAGUUUUGUGAGAAAGUGAAGAAACGGAAACAAAGGCGGAAGCGUCGGAAAAAUGUAGAAGAACCUGAAAAGACAUUAGAACAGGAAAACUCAGGGAAAGAAAUGGAACUAAUUCAGAAUGGGGAAGAUGAACCACCACAAAAACAGAGCUGCUAUGAACCUGCCAACACUGAUGGCAGGCCACUAGAGGAGAAAAACUCCACUGCUAUGGAACCAGAGGGCAGCUCAGACACCAGUACACGUGGUGGAAGGCAGGAAGAGGAUCUGAGGAGCACUGAAGAACCUGCUGCUCUGAGCCCUUCUGCCAAGGGAAAUGCCCAUGACAGUGACCAAGUGGAAGGGAAGUCAGAGGUCCUUGCUGGAAUGAUUUCAACCAAUCAUCCAGACGUCUCUGAGACUGAUGCAGCAUGUGCUGCCAGAAAGCAAAAUGCCUCCCAGGGGCCAUCUUCACAAGUGGGAACCCACCGAGCUGGCUUUGAUGCCUUCAUGACUGGCUAUAUUAUGGCUUAUGUCUGGAUGCUUAAGAAACGAAAGAGCACAGACACUGAUGCAGAGCCAUGGUGUCCGGACUGUCAUAAUAAGCUGUACCUCAGUGGGAAAUCAGUGCCACUUCAAAUAGUGAAAAGCUCAUUUUCUAAAUCUUCCACAGCUCACAACCAGAAGAUGAAGUUGGUCUGGGCCACUGGAUAGAGCUACAAGACUCCUCACUGAACUGGGUGUUUUCCCCCCACAGUUGUUAAAGGGGAGCAAGUUUCUUGUCCUCCAUUUUAACCUCUGACCAAUUAAAUUGCUCUCAAUUGGAGUUCCUUCUGAUGUUUCUUAGCUGGACUGUAAAAGCAUGGGUAAGGUUGGAGAGGGGAAAAAUGCACUUCUCCAACUGCAUGCAGGGCAGCAAGUUCUGUUCAGUGCUUUAAACUGAAAGGGUUUUGAAAUAAAAACUGGAAAACAGACCAGGUUUGUAUUUCUAGAAAGAUCACCUAAUAGCUGCUUUAGCUUGGGUAUUGCUUCUUGAAGAUGAUGAAUAGGGUAAUUCUUUGAUUCUCCAUAAGAGGAGAUAGAGGCCACAUCCUCCUCCCAAAUCUUGUCUUUAUCCUUACCAUAUAUAGAGCCUUACUACCUGCUGCCACUUAACCUAGUGGUUUAAGACAGGACAGAUCUUUUUCAAAGAGAAAAAGGUCAAACCUGCCUUACAAAAACAUGCCCGUCAGAAGAAAGCAGGCUGUUUCUUCAGCAUAUGUUAUGAUUAACGUUCAAUCAAGUGUUAGUCUCUCAAUCACUGCUGGUAGGGAAAUUCCUUAAGACUCUAGAAAGACGGGAAAUAAUUAUUAAUGAAUUUGAAGGGGGACAAAAAAAUGCUUUUUGUUUGUUUUAAAAAAAGGCACCGAGCAUAUCCCCCUUGAGAGAGUUGUCCCACCUUAAUAUUUGUACUUUAAUUUUGGUUACAACAUAAGUCAGACCUUUGCUCCUGUAGUUAAAAAAGGAGAAAGAGAUGCUGGGCUAGCAGAUUCUAGUGAAGGGUAACUGCAUGCAGAACCAAGCUAUAGCAGGUCUGUAAACUUUUAAAUAAGGGAAGAUCAGUGGGACUUAAAGCCAGGUGUGGUUCUUUUAAACCCUGAUGCAUUGCUUCCUGUGCUUACUGAAGCUAUUUUGUGGAGCUAGAACACAGCAGUCACAAUGGCAAGCUCCCUGCAGGCUGAGUGCUGUCAAAAGCAUCUUGCUUUGAUGGUCACAAGUUACUGCCUGCUCUUCUGAAUGUUAUAAGGCGGAGCAGGAAAAAAAGGCAUUGAGUCAUGAAUUGAACAGACAUUUCAAUAAGAUGCAGGAGAGAAAUAAGACCAAAUAAGGAUGACAGUUUUCCUUAUUUAUAACUCAGCACCAAGUAAUAAAGGUAUGAUCUCAAGACAGGCAUUAAUAUCAUCUGUAGCUCAAGUAUGCAUUUUAAUCAGCUUUUUUUUUUUUUAACCCAAAGUUGUCUUUUUAAUCACAAGACUCAACCCUUGAUUUUAAUUUUAUUUUGAAAGCAAGUUGGGAAAGUUUACAAAACCUGACCAAGAAAAAAUUAUGAAAAUAUUUAACUGGAUUCAUCUUUGGUUACUUCUUAUUGCAGUUCCAAUAAAACAUACACCAUUUCUACAGCUCAAAAAAAGUCAAGAGGUCAAUCAACAUAAAAACAAGACGUGCUUUCUUUACAUAUUCAUAAAUAUCCACAAUAUUAGAAAAAUUGUUUUGCAAAGAUUUUUCUUUUCUGGCAGUGUUAACUUACUAUUAUACACAGGCUACAAACUUUCUCCUAAGCCUUUAAUUACAAGUUGAGCUAUUUACAGUCUGCAAAAUAUUAAGACGUAAAACUCCUUCAUAAAUAUGAAAAUAGAUCAUCUUGCAAAGAUCUUUAAACAUACUUAAUCAAAUAUCUGGCUGCCCCUCCUCCCAAAAAAAAAAAAGGUUAUUUGUUUUGCAUAGAAAUGUAGUGACAUGCAAUAUAAACAAUAGCAUUAAGUGCAAACAGGAAUUAUUCAAGUGUCUUUAGUUGUACUGGCAAAAAAUACCAAUGUUCUGUUACACAAUACAUUGAUGCUUUUCCAGCAAGUGUAAGUCUACUAAAGCCCCUUGUCUGCACUGCUUUUGAGGGGCAGCAAUUCACAUGCAUUCUCUUAGUUGCAUUUUAUCAACCUGCAACCACAACAAAAAUAGCUUAUAACAGACAUUUAAAUGAACUCAACACAGAAAGAUUUAAAGUGAAUUAAAAACAUCUUUGAUCUCUUUAGGGAACCUAGCAACGUGUAGAAAGUCUUUUAAAAGAGCAAUUGCUCCUCCAAGAAAGUCAAAAACCAUGAUAAAAUCCAAUCAGAAGAAAAAACUUUGUCACAUCACUAUAAAAAACAAGGAGUUUGCUGACUGCAUAUUCAGAUUCAUGUUCAUCAGUAGCCGUCAGAAAAUGGCCCCCAGUAGAAAAGCACCCUCAGAUGGGCAGAAGACCUAGGAGUAUUUGCUAGGUGCAACCUAGAUUCAGCUUUGCACAACCAAAGGGAUAAGACAGUGAGUGCCAACUGCAUCCAAACCCUUGGAAAUGCUGGGUUUUAGCAAGCACUUAGCUAUUUUAAGACAGCCUUUUACUCCAGUUCACAUGCACGUCCUCUUUUUUUCCCUACGUGGACCAAGAAUGCAGGAAAGGCCUGAGUUGUUUUUCCUUGGUAUUUUUCUUCCCAACAUCUCCAUCACAGAACAAAGAGCUAGAAAAGUUGAUAGAUGUGCCCAGAGUAGACAUUUAAGAAAAUAAAAUUUUAACCAUGCUGCUUUGUAAAAGCCACUGAGGGUAGGGAAACAUUUAAGAGCCAGUGGUGUAAGAGAACACUCGAGGUCACUGUGACAGGUUUCUUACAGAUAUCCCAUACCUGACUACACAGAUUUUGCAGUCUGUCAGAGAGGGCUACAGACUUCACAAUGAGGUGUCAGUGCUGACAAGCAGGGUAACACAAGCCACAUGGAGCAGCCAGAGGCACACAUCUAUGCUGCUGAGGCUGCAGGACAGCUUCUUUGCAGCCUGGUGAUCCAAAGUAAACUAUUCCUUAUUAUUGCUUGUUUGUCUGAAGUCACACACCUGAAUGCAUCUUGUGACAACAGAAGCUGGUGCUGAUAAUUUCUCUCCUGAAAGAUUACAGUUUGAUAAAAGAAAAAAAAUAUAUAUAUGGAGGGGGAGGGGGAAAAGCAGGCACCAGACAGGCAGGCAGUGGAGUUCUGUUGACUGGUUCCCUGUCCUCAAAGGAACUGACACAAUGCAGUGCCAGCCCUUCCUUGUCUGCUCUGCGCUCUGCAGACACCAGCACAGAAGACAGGACACACAACACAAGCUACUCUACAGAUCAGCACCUUUGAUGGGCAGAGAGGUGUGGGCCAAAAAGGGCAAUCUUGGUCAGGAUGGGCCUUUUCUUUUUCAAACUAAUAGCUGUGUAACGCAGGAUGAACUGCGCUAAGUAACUCAAGGAUAUUGUGUUUCUCAUUUAAUUAUUUGCAGCCAUUGCAAAGAGAUAACUACUGCUUGGGCUCAGAAAUAUUUCACAAGACAGUCACAGUUAUAGCAGAAUAGUUACCUACACCUCUGAAAAGCUGAGUAACUCAGCCAACAAAACAAACAAACACACAGAAAAACAUAAGCUUUCUCCCUCAUCUUUUCCUUGAGAUGGGAGAAGAGUAAGAAAAGCCUUGCAUUCACCAGGGAGUACCAGCUUAUAUUUUCCAUCCUUGCACAAGAGCAGAAAUAAUAGACUACCUGGAUGAAAUCCUGGACUCCAAAUCCCCCACAGCUACUGCAUCACCCACUCAGUGAGCACGCAAUGCAUACCUCAGAUAGGAAUGAUAAUAUAGGUUAAAAAUACUAAACCAAACAAAACCCACAUAACUGUGUACAACGAUAGCAGAAAGGGCAGGAUGUUGCACAAAUAUCACCACAGAACAAGAAUCCCCUACAUCAAAUCCCAGAUUGGGGAUCUCUGAUGCUGAUUCCAGCAAGCAGCUUUAAAGCAGAUGCUGCUGCUUUUUUUUUUUUUUUUUUUUUUUUUUUUUUUUUUUUUUUUUUACAUCUAUCUGUUGGUAGAACGAAGAAAAACAUUAAAAAAAAAAAAAACACCUAUUCAGUGACAGGAGAAACCAAAGAAGAUAACAGCUUCUUUCUGCAGAAUUAAAAAAAAAAAAA